AUGCAAGCACUAUCGGAUGCAGAAUUAACGUUCUAUUCGGAGCUGUUGGAGAUCCUUGUAGACAAAACGCCCGAGCCCAGUCACAAUGCCGCAUUGAGAGCUGCUCUUCAGAAGCUUGAGGCUUCAAUUGCAUCCGGGAAUCUUGAGUCCGCUCAGAACUUUUUAGACCUCUUCGCGACAAGUGUGGGAAAGCAAAAGGAAUGGCAGGCUCCAUAUCGAGAGACUGGUAUUCUUGACUUCGUCCUGCAACAGCUUUCCGCAACAGAGCCCCAAAAGAGUCUAUCGAAGCAGUACCUCCGGGUGAUAGGCAAUUCGGUUGCAGACAAUGAUACGAACCGAGAGCUUGCUUCCUGUUCAACUUGUGCAAUGACUUCGGUAAAGCUCUUCAAUCAUCACCGAUAUGGAGUACAAUCACUGACCGAACCAGAACCUGCUAAAGCAGCUGCAGCAAUGCUGAGACUUGAUGCAACAAUUUCUAGAUUGCUGGCCGCGGAGCAGAUACCGGAAGCGGCUGUCGAUUAUGCAACCGAUCUAGUUACCUGGAGUACUGGCAAUCUGACUGCGAAUCAGCUCAAGGAUGAUACGUCACUUGAAGCCUUUACAAGUCUUUUGAAAGUUGCUCUCACAUAUAAUCCUGAUCACUAUGAAGAAUAUGCUGCGAUCCUAGUGCACUACUUACAAGAUCCAGACUUCCAGCAGAAAGUCGCAAGUCCAAAACUUCUGGACGACCUUGUUGUUCUCCUGCUGGAUUUUGAGGCACGACUCACUCCCGAGGAAAUACAUGCAGUUUUUCAGGAGCUGGGUAUCACCAAAGACACUGAUCAUACUGGGACAGAGGAUACCAAAGUGAUUCUACUGGCACAGUUGAUUGGUACCAUCUCUGCAGUCUCCUCUACAGAUGCGUUCGCGCAAAACUUCAGCAUUCGAACGCCUGUGAUUGAAAGAGUCGAGGCUCAGCUACGGUCACCGUGGGAUAAAGCAGCCCCAUCAACAGUGUGCUCCUGCGUCAUUCUCGGCAAUCUUGGCAUGUCAGAUGAAGUCUGCACUGAUAUGGUGCAGAUUAUGGAACUGCACAUUGCAUUGAUCGCGAUCCUGCAAUACGGUGAAACUGCCAAAUCCGCACUUCUUUACGCCGCCGCGGGCUUCAUGAGACAUCUCACCUUCCCGGAAGCUAACAGAGUUGUACUUGCGGACGCAGGACUAAUACAGGCGUGCUGUCGCAUGCUCACACUGGAUGACCCCUCUGUACGCGGAGAAGCAGCGGCAAUGCUCUGUAAGCUUGUCACAAACAAUUUCCACAACAUCGAGAAGGUCAUAUACGAAAGAGCUAAAGUGGAUUCGCAUGCUCAGAGUAGUCAAGAUUCGCCCCAAACGACAGUCCUCUCCCAUAUCGUAGAACAAGCGCUUACUCCAUCCAAGCCACUACCCAGCACUACCAUGAAGAAUCCCAUGAUCGAGCUGGGUCGCACAAUAGUCGCAAUAGUUCGGUAUCUUGGGCGACCAAAUGCAGAAAAAGAUGUCGAUUCAGUCCGACAUGAGAUUUUCAAGAUCUCCAAGAUCGCACGGCCAGUCGCUCGUCUUGUCCGACAACGAUUCUACGCCGAUGCUCGGUCUGAGGGUUUGCUCGGUCUUGGUCUGAUGGCACAACUUCCAGAGGGCGCGAGCCGUGUGAUUGAGGAGUUCAAGGACGAUGAAGGCCUACUGAAUGCUAUCAAGGAUUUUGCUAAUGGCAAAGAUGGGGGAAUCGAGCAGCAAGGGUCGACUGGUGGAAGGGACUACCAAAAUGCGAUUGUGCUCUUACAGGCACUACAAAAUAAUGUGUCUACGGAUAUGGAUGCAACACUCAAGAGCCAGAUUGUAUCUCUUCAGGAGGAGUUGGGUCGACUCAUGGUGUAG